AUUAUUUUUGUCAGCUGAUUCACGCUGUCACGAGUUCGGGAUGAAUUUUUAAAACAAGAAAUGUGGAACAAGUGAAUGGAGGCUUUGGAUUGUUCAUAAUAUGGAAGGGGCUUUAUAGUAACCGGGAAAAUAGACUAUAUCCCGUUAACUACAGAACAGUAGAUAUUCAAUUCAGUUAUUUUUGUACUAUGUGCAUAGGAAUUGUGUUCAGUUCAAUCCUAUUUUGGGUAUUUCCCUGAGAACAGGGUAUCAUUCAUUUAUCUGUUAGAUGGUGUAUAAUUAUAUUUCUACUCAUUUUUCGUUUACCAGUUUCAGUUAGCUACAGCUUACCGGUUGACUGUAUACAGAAAUACCAAUAACUAAAGAAUGUGAAUAUUUCCAGCAAUAGGGGGUAAAGUUGUCAUAGUUGCAUCUCAGUAGGGAGAUAUAUUGCUACCAGUUUGAUCGAUUUCGUUUUGAUAACGUCCGCUUGUUUCUAAUAUAAACAUGUCUGGACCAAACGGCGAUCCAAAUAUAUCGAUCGAUGAGGAUGUGGAUGAAGAUGAAUUCAACGACGAAGAAUACGCCGCCAUCAACUCCAUGCUGGACCAGAUAAACUCCUGCCUCGACGACCUGGAGGAGCGUAACGACGCGCUGAACGGCAAACUGCACGAGCUGCUCGAGUCCAAUCGGCAGGCGAGGCGCGAGUUCCGGGAGCAGCUGACCGGAGCCCCCGCGGUGGCAGAGGAGCCCCCCAAAGAGCCCCCAGAGGAGCCCCCAGCGCCCUCCGAGGGGGCUGACUUGCACUAAAAUUUACGUCUGGUCUAUUGAUUGUUUUAUGUUGUGCAAUACAUAUCAUUCAUCUGUCCUCCCAAUGCUUGUAUCUUUAGAAAUGCAUUUACUGUCUUGAUGACCUGGGGGAGAGGCAUACGUUUCUUCCCAAAGAUGUACAAGGCCUUGUUACAGCAUCUCUGCUGAGGAUGACAUUCAGUUGUUAUUCCUGCACAAUCAAAGCUGAGCCAGACAUUCCUCAGCAAUAACACGGGCAUUUCCUAUCAUUCUCUAAAUGACAUGCUGUCUCCUUUAAAAAAAAAAAUGCAUGUUUGUAUGGUCUCAGGCUCCUUGAUAUAAAAUGUCAUCCCGACUACUUUUCACAUUCCUUCAUGGUUUGCAACUGUUGUAUCAUGUAAUACCUAAAAUAUAAUGAAUUAUUUAAGAA